AUGGCAAAGAAUGGCAAACAAAGCAAAAAGGGUGGAAAAAAAGACGAAAAGGGUAAAAACGGCCGCAAAGAAAGCAUUGUUUCUGAUACUCCAGCAGAGAAGGGAAAGAAAGGAAAGCAGAGUAAAGGCAAGGGCAAGGGCAAGGGCAAGGGCAGCGUCAUAACGAAUGCGGCGCCAGUUGAGACUUUGCAGGAGGAAACGCAGCCGGAGGCACCACCACCACCACCGCCUGCUGAACCCAAAUGCAAUGAUAAGCAAACUGCCGAUCUGCCAUGCCGCUACACGGAAGAUGCCUGCUGUAGGGGAGCCAUCGCUUGCCGACCAAAUCAUUACCCCGGUAUUUUGGAGGAACCCGAACGCAUGGCCGUUGUCGGCUCGGAAAGCGGCAGCUACGAAAGUCUAUGCAAAUUGGUGUGCGCUGGCAUGCGCUGUGCCGAUCGUGUCUUCAUCAUGACACCCUGGGGAAAUUACGUGAUUUUCCGCGCACACGAUGAUGAGCAUAAAAUCUAUUUCAUUUAUGAUGGCUGCACCUGCAAUGUGAAUCGCUUUCGAUAUUUGGAUUUGCGCGAAGGUACCGCUGGACUGCUGUAUUUUGACUGCGUACAUGCGCUGAUAACGUAUAUGUUGGAAUCGAAGCAACAACGCAUGUCGUGGAAACGCAUAAAACGUAGUGUCAUCGAUGACAUCUGCAAGGAGUUCUGUGAAUUCGGACAUUGA